GAGGAUGGCAGGGCAGCAUUGCAUGUGGCAGCGAUGCUGGGGAGGGCCGGGAGCGUGAAGGAGCUGAUAGAGGCAGGAGCAGACCUCAAGGCGAGGGACAAGAAAGGAAAGACUUUCGGGCAUUGGGCGGUGGAGGCUGGACAUGUGGAGGUGCUGAAGAGCGUGGAGGCUCAGUGUGGGAAGGAGAAACUGAAGGAGUUUGUGAGGGAGAAGAAUAACGAUGGCUUGACUUGUGCGCAUGCGGCUAGUGCAGUAGGUCAGGUUGACGUCCUGCGUUACUUGAAGGAGGCGUGCGGGGAGGAGCUGCUGAGAGAGAAGAACAAUGAUGGGGAGACAUGCGCACACGGGGCAUGUGCUGGAGGGCAGCUGAAGGUGCUGCGUUAUCUCAAGGCGACCUGCGGAGAGGGGCUGCUGAAGGAGAAGAGCUCGGAAGGCAAGACGUGUGCGCUGACGGCCAGCCUUGGAGGGCAGCUGGAAGCGCUGCGGUACCUCGGAGAGACUUGCGGGAAGGAGCUGCUGGCAGAGAAGGACGAUGAUGGGAUGACAUGCGCGCAUGCGGCGAGCGAAGGCGGACAUCUUGACAUGCUGCGAUAUCUGCAGGAAAUGUGCGGGGAGGAGCUGCUGAGAGAGAAGGACAAGCACGGGUUCACGUGUGCACAACGGGCCAGCUGGGGUGGGCUGCUGGGGAUCGUUGACUAUCUCAAAAGUCUGGGGAUCAACGAG